GUGCUGCAAUAUGUAGGAAUGGGCUUUGCCUAAAUGGAUGGCAGCAUGUCUGCAUCUAUGCAUGUGGGGUUUAUAUAUAUCCCUCUGUAUUUUCACUGGCAUAUAGUGAGGUUUCCAAUAAGCAUAUAUAAAAGGACUGAAAGAAUGCAUCCGGAACAUACUACCCCAGUAUUUCUGAUUACGUGUACAGUGUUAUUGCCAGGAUUCAAAUGGACCUUCCACUCCUUUGGACUCUUGCAUUAGUAAAAGCGAAGCAUUUACUCUCAAUGCCAUGGAUACUCUCCAAUGCGCAGUCUCUCUCUCACUGGUCCACUGGGGUUUGCUCUAAUAGGCAUGCCACCUUCCGCUAGUGUCAUGGCAAAUCACUGCUGCUCUUCUUUGUAGGUAAAAGCCCUUUCUUUAAUUGCC